AUGGCGUCGUCCGGAUACUCAGAUUUGGGAGAAGUAACUUCAGAAAUAAAAGCUUCUGAGAGACGAACAGCUGUGGCCAUUGCAGAUUUGGAAUGGAGAGAAAUGGAAGGAGAUGACUGCGAGUUUCAUUAUGGAGAGGGUCCAAAUGAAGCUCAAGAUAGUGACUUUCCAAUAGAGGAGAGGAGCAGACUACAAGAAAUGCUGUUUCUUUUGGGACUAGAGACAUACCAAACACAGAAACUCAGCCUCCAGGACGCCUUACAGAUCAGCAGUGACAGCAUGAAGAACUGGGCUCCUCAGACUCCCAAAGACUUGCCCUGGAAUUUUCUCAGGAAGCUGCAGGCCCUCAAUGCUGAAGCCAGGAAUACCACCAUGGUCCUGGACCUUCCCCUGGACACCAGGCCUGUGGAGAAGGAGAGCCAAAUGGAAGAGGAGAUCAUCUACUGGGACACGGCCGAGGACAUCUCAGCAGACAUCUAUUCCUUCUCCGAGCUUCCAACACCUGACACACCUCUGAAUCCCUUGGACCUUCUCUGUGCCCUUCUGCUUUCCUCUGAUAGUUUCCUGCAACAAGAAAUCGUGUCAAAAAUGUCCCUCUGCCAGUUUGCACUCCCUCUUAUUUUGCCUGACCCAGAAAACCACUACCACACCUUUCUGCUGUGGGCCAUGAGGGGGACUGUGCGGACAUGGGGGUCACAGCCCCCAAGGGUGGUGGGCAGCUUCAGAGAAGACAGCAUGGUCCUGUCCCGAGCACCUGCCUUCGCCUUUGUGCGCAUGGAGGUCAGCAGCAACUCCAAAUCCCAGCUUCUCAAUGAUGUGCUCAGCCCCAGUCACAGGCAGCAGGACUGUUUCUGGCAUCGGGAUCUGAACUUGGGCACCAACCCUCGGGAGAUAGCAGACGGGCUGGUAGAAAUUUCCUGGUUUCUGCCCAGUGGCAGGGAGGACUUGGACAUUUUCCCAGAGCCCAUGGCCUUCCUAAACUUGAGAGGUGACAUUGGGUCUCAUUGGCUGCAGUUCAAGCUCUUGACAGAAAUCUCCUCGGCCAUAUUCAUCUUGACUGACAACAUCAGUAAGAAGGAAUACAAAUUGCUGUCUUCCAUGAAGGGGUCAGCCACAAAAUACUACUUCAUCCUGAGUCCCUACCGUGGGAAGCGAAACACAAACCUGAGAUUUCUAAACAGGUUAAUUCCCGUGCUGAAGAUGGAUCACUCACACGUCCUCGUGAAGGUCAGCAGCACAGACAGUGUGGGCUUCGUGCGUAGGGUCCGCGCCAUUGUUGCACAUGUGACCCGGUCCCCGUGCAGGAGGGUGUCCGUGGAGGACAUGGCGAACGCAGCCCGCAAGCUGGGGCUGAAGGUCGAUGAGGACUGUGAGGAGUGUCAGCGGGCCAAGGACCGGAUGGAGCGGAUCACCAGGAAAAUCAAGGACUUGGACGCCUACCGCAGGGACGAGCUGCGGCUACAGGGGGAUCUUUGGAGAAAGGCGGCCCAGGUGGAGAAGGAGCUCUGCCAGAUCCAGUGGGCCAGCGACCCUCCUGAGAAGUACAGGGCUGAGCUGAGGCAUCGGUUACUGGAACUUCGAAUGCAGCAGAAUGACCAUGGCCCUUCCUGGGGGGUCCAGGAGUUCAUCUCGGGCAUCAGCAGCCCCUCCCUGGGGGAGAAGCAGUACUUCCUGAAAUGGAUGGAGUGGGGACUGGCCCGGGUGGCCCAGCCAAGGCCAAGACCAUCUCCAGAGAUGAUUUUUACCCUGAGACCAAAGCCCUGUGGGGCCGUGGACUUCAGUGAGCCGUUCUGGCCGGAGCCCCUGGGGGUGGAGCAUUUCCUGCGGGAGAUGGGGCAGUUUUACGAGGCCGAAAGCUGCCUUGUGGAGGCAGGGAAGCUGCCAGCAGGGCAGAGGCGGUUUGCCCACUUCCCAGGCUUGGCCUUGGAGCUGCUGCUGAAGGGGCUUCCCCUGGAGCUGAUCGACGGGAACACCCUGAGCCCCCCCUUGCGCUGGGUCACAGGGCUCCUGAAGGAGCUACAUGUCCGCCUGGAGAGGAGGUCGCGCCUGGUCGUCCUGUCAGCACUUGGCACGCCAGGCACGGGCAAGUCCACCCUCCUCAAUAGCAUGUUCGGGCUGCGGUUUGUCACAGGGAGGGGCCGUGGUCCCCGAGGGGCCUUCAUGCAGCUCAUCAAGGUGGCCGAGAGCUUUAGCCAGGACCUGGGCUGUGAUCACAUCCUGGUAAUAGACUCUGGGGGCGUGAUAACUGGAGUCCGGACCGAGGCAGGGGAGAGGUUUGAGCGGGAGGCUUCCCUGGCCACUUUGAUCAUGGGGCUGAGCAAUGUCACUGUGGUCAGUUUAGCUGAAACAAGGAACAUUCCACCAGCUAUUCUGCAUGCAUUUCUGAGGCUGGAAAAAACAGGGCACAUGCCCAACUAUCAGUUUGUAUACCAGAACCUUCAUGAUGUGUCUGCCCUUGGCUCCAAGCCAAGAGAGCGGAGGCAGCUCCUGGACCAGCCCAGUGAUGUGGGCAGAGCCACAGUGCAAAUGGAGAAACAGGGUGACGGGAUCCAGACGCUGGCUGACCUGGCCUUUUGGGACCCUGAGAAGCAGCACAUCUGGCACAUCCCUGGCCUAUGGCAUGGAGUGCCUCCCAUGGCCGCUGUGAACUUGGCGUACAGUGAAGCCAUUUUUGAACUGAAGCGAUGCCUGCUAGAAAACAUCAGGAAUGGCCUGUCCAACCAAAAUAAAAACAUUCAGCAGCUCAUUGAGCUGGUAAGACGGCUGUGA